CUGAAGCUAAUUAAAGCAUAUUUAAGAAACACUAUGUUGCAAGAUUCACUUAACUCUUUGGCCAAGUUGUCAGUCGAGCAUAAAAUAGCAGAAAAUUUAGAUUUUUCAAGUCUGAUAAAAAAUUUUGCUUACAAAAAAGCUAGAAAAAUUACAUUUUAA